AUGAGUUGGAACAGGGACCUGUCCAGACAGAGGUCCACCACUCUUGAUCCAGAGUCCAGUGUAUUCCAAUCACAACGAUCAGAUGUUGUUGACAAGGCAAAGGUUGUAAGAUUCUACUCACCACAACUAAAGGUUAGUCUUCAAAGAUUGGGACUGGAGAGGUCUGUACCACCUCCUACUACACCACCCUCGCCAACUACACCUGUCUCGCCACCAGUACCAAUGGGCUCAUUACGUGGUCCUGGUGGACACCGGGCAACAGACCCAGGCGAAUCACCACCUGGACCUGUACCCGUAGCAUCGGGAGCAUGGGUACCAGAGUCACCAAAUGAUCGACUCAGACGACCAAAGUCCUUCAGCUUCACAAUGGGCGAGUCGAAUGCACGCAUGUCUGAACUGUCGACCAUUGUCUCAAAGGUGCCCAAGAACGAGUUCACAAUGUUGUUCGAGGUGCUCAAGUCGCCAGACUCAAUGUUCUUUGAUCACUACAAGAAGAGCCACAGAUUCAAGACCCUGCUGGUUCAGCAGCCACAUGCUCCAAUCAAUCAGAUGGUGGCCAACACAUUGAAGCGACGCGGACACACUGUCACCAACACAUUGCCAGACAUUGAUCUCAUCAGUCAGUUGCAUCAGAAGGAUCCAUUCUCAAUGAUCAUCAUCAAUCAGUGCACAUGUCCAUCAUCGGACAACAUACAUGUCGAUGGCCGAUGUGACUUUGGCAGGGCAACCACAUCCUUGGGACGCAGCUCGCCCCUCCCAACCAUCGUCGAGGAGGCAGCCACUCCAGCCUCAUCCUCAUCCUCAACACAAUCAUAUCACAACAAUUCAAGCGUCAUUGACGCUGGCUACAGGACAACGACCACUGCUACCACCACAACCACGCACGACAUUGAUGGACAGGUAGUGGACUUUAUACGCGAUCUGAGGAUGAAUGUUGUUGGAUCACAUAGUGUCAUCAUAGUUAUAUCAAAGAGUGAUGAACCUGCUGAAUGGUCAUUACUUCUGGACGCAGGUGCCAAUGAUUACAUUCAUCAUCCAUUAUCAUCCAUCCUACUGGACGUUCGACUGAACUGUGCUGAGAAGAUGGUUGGCGAGCAUCAUUGCAUGAGGAAGGCAGAUGAGUUGGCAAACAGCACACGCAAGAUAAUCAACUGUAUCGAGUACAGUGGCGAAGGCAUUGAGAUUUGGGACGCUGAUGGAUACAUCAAGUACUUGAAUCAUGUAACAUCCAAAGCAGUUGGAUAUGCGAGAUGGGAGAUACUUGGCAAGAAGUUCUCAAAUCUGAUCGAUAACCAGGACAUCAUUCCAGCAAUGUGGGCCACACUAACUGUUGGAAAGAGUUGGCAUGGCUCAAUCAGGACCAAGCAUCAGUUGGGCAAGGUCAUAUAUUUCGAAGCCAAUGUAUCGCCAGUAUUUGAUGGAUUCCAGAGGAUAAUUUAUUAUGUUUGUUCAAAGAGAGAUGUUACACAGAGACGUAUGGAUGAGGAGUCGAGGACUGCUCACCAGGAGAAGACGUUGGAAUCAUCAAGAUGGAGAUUGAACAAGACCAGUCAUGAUAUACGCACACCAAUGAAUAGUAUAAUUGGUAUGACUGAGCUCCUGUGCAAGACUGCCACAAGCGAGGACCAACUCCAAUUCCUGGAGAUUGUACAGCGCGCCUCAAACUCCUUGCUCAACAUCCUCAAUGAUAUAUUGGACAUAUCAAAGAUUGAGUCUGGAAAGAUGGAUGUGGAGAAUAUCGAGUUUGACAUUAGGACCACUAUUGAGGAGGUGUGCGAGUUGAUGGGAGAGCGAGCACAGUCCAAGGCCUUGAACCUCAUGUGCUUCAUACAUCCCAGUACGCCUCACAACUUGAUUGGUGACUCUUGCAAGUUGAAACAGAUUAUCACAAACCUGAUUGGUAACGCAGUCAAGUUCACAGACAAUGGAGAGAUCAUUGUAACGUGCCAAGUUGUAAAUAUUGAGUCGGGCACGACUACGCUUAAGCUUGAGGUCAAGGACACAGGCAUUGGUAUCAAGAAGGAAGCACUGCCCUUGUUGUUCAAAGCAUUCACACAGGCAGAGGGCAGCAUUGCCAGACAGUACGCUGGCAGUGGUCUCGGACUGGCCAUCUGCAAGGAGUUGGCGCAGUUGGCAUUCAAAGGUGAGAUUGGUGUCGAGAGUCAAUAUGGUCUGGGGAGUACAUUCUGGACCAUACUCAAGUUCAAGUCGGUCCCAAAGGAGUCGCCAUCCCCAUCACCAUCACCAUCGUCAUCUUUAACAUCGUCGGCUGAGGAGCAUCCUGUCGGCGGAUCAGUGCAGUACACCGUGAGCAGUGAGCGACCACCAGACUUCAAGGGAGCGCGUGUAUUGAUGGUCGGAAGCAACGCCAACCAAGUCAAGUUCUUAAAGGAGCAAAUGAGUGCAUGGAACAUCGCACUGGACUCAUCAGACCCGCCUGGCGCACUUAACAAAUGGAAUGAGUCAAUAACCAAUGGUCGACAUUACUCGAUGGUCAUCAUUGACUACCCAACUGCUGGCUUCCACGUUCUGGGCGUCUCUCAAACCCUACACACGAUGUCCAAAGAAGCUGGCAUCAAUGUACCAUUCCUCCUACUCCUCCCCCUAAAGAUGCGAUCACCUCAACUCGAGAAGGAAGCCAAGUCAAGCGGUAUCAAUGAAGUCGUCACCAAGCCAAUCCGCAUGUGUAACCUCCUCGAGUGCACCAUCUCAAUGCUGGGAGUACGAAGGAGGAGUCAUAGGAUGGUCAGGGUCGAACCGAUACAGAGCCCACAUGAUAAGUUGGAGAUUAGGACGUUGGUGGUGGACGACAAUCAUAUGAAUCAAAUGGUUAUUAGGAAGAUGUUGGAGUCAAUAGGUUGCAAGCCAGAUAUUGUGUCCAGUGGGCGCGAAGCGUUGGACAGGUUCGACAACAAUCAUCGUUAUGAUCUAGUGUUCUUGGACAUCUCAAUGGCGGGCAUGGACGGCAUGCAAGUGGCCAAGGCAAUAAGACAACGAGAACAAAGCAGCAGUAACUGCAGCAGUGGUCGUGGUCAUGGUAAUGGACAUCAACUACCACAACUGCGAACAACAAUCAUUGCUACUACAGCUCAUGCUAGUAAGGAGGACCAGGCCAGAUGUUUGAAUAGUGGCAUGGAUGACUUCUUGGCCAAGCCAAUCAAGUUGGAGAAGUUGAGUGAGCUUGUGUCCAAGUGGCGCCAGAACAAGUGGCAGCAACUACUACUUACCAACAACAACCUGUCACCCUCUGAUCCUCAAGAUCUUGGUGCCGCCUCACCCACAGCUUCAUCAUCAGGGUAUAAAUAA